GAGUAUGUGUCUGUUUCCUAGGAGAUGGAAGUUGCUUCAGUCAAAGGCACCCAGGGCAGCCCAGUUCAGACUUCUCUCUGAUUCCUGCCUUAAGGGGAGCCAUCUGUCUUAGAGAUUAUGCCACAGACAGGCAUCCUGGUCACCCAGGAGCCUGCCCCGCAGUCCGUACAGGUCUCUGACCUUCCCCACAAGGUCUAUGAGAUCGAACGAAACACAGGGCCCUACACUUCUUCGGGGCUGGCCACAGCUGGCUUCCGGUCAGCCAAAUACCUAGAAGAGGAGUGGUAUCAGAACAAUAAUAGCUGCUACCACCAGGCUUUCGCUGACCGUGACUACUCAGAAUGCAACAGGCAUGAGGCCAAGCAGCUGGCAGCUGAGACAGCGACCCUGUGCCAGCGCACACAGAUGGACUCUACCAAGAAGACAGGGGAGAGACUACAAGAUAUACAUUUUUGGAAGUCAGAGCUACAAUCAGAGAUCAAGGACCUCAUGGCCGAGACUGAUUUACUGAUUGGUGACAAACAGAGGUUGGAAAGGGCUCUGGAAGCCACUGAAGUACCUUUUAGCAUUGCCAGGGACAACCUACAAUGCCGGGAGAGAAGACAACAUCCAGACCUGGUUAGGGAUUGCGUGGGAAUGGAGCUGUUGAAGGAAGCUGAACUCAUCCGAAAUAUUCAAGAACUUCUGAAAAGGACUCUCAUGCAAGCUGUUAAUCAGAUCAGGCUAAACAGAGAACACAAGGAAAUCUGUGAAUUUGACUGGUCAGAUAAGGUCGAGACCUACAACAUUGAUGAAAUGUGUGCCUGUUACAACAACCAAAGCACCUGCAUUCAGUUCCACCCUCAUUCAUGCAAGUGUGAUGACAGUGCCACCACUCCAGAAACAUGGAGCAAGUUUAGCCACGACAUCAUCUACCGGGCAGAACGGGAGAAAAUGGCGUCCAUCAACCUGCGGGUCCUGAUUAACAGUAUCCUUAGUGACACCGCUGAGGACCUCCGCCUGCAGUGUGAUACUGUCAACUUGGCCUUUUCCAAGUGCUGCGAGGAAUUGGAGAAUGCCAAACAAAAGCUGCAGCACCACCUGAAUAGAACACUCAGAGAAAUUAGUGACCAGGAAAAAAACAUUGCAUCCCUCAAACAAGCCAUCAAAGAUAAAGAAACCCCCCUGAAAGUCGCUCAGACGAGGCUUUAUCAGCGAGCUAAAAGGUCUAAUGUGGAACUCUGUAGGGACGCAGUACAAUUCAGGCUGACCAGCGAGGUUGAAGAACUAAACAUGUCCAUCCAGGCUUUGAAAGAUAAGCUUCUCGAGUCAGAGCAGGCCCUGAGGAACCUGGAGGACACUCGGAUGAUCCUGGAGAAGGAAAUUUCUGUCAAGGCUAAUAGUCUGUUAAUUGACCGGCAGAAGUGCAUGGCACACCGCACACGCUACCCCACCAUCCUCAGGCUGGCAGGCUACCAGUAGGGACCCAAACCCCUCUUUCCAAGACCAUCCCAUUCCAAAGGAAGACUCACAGAGAGACAUUGGUUAGUCUUAAAAAAAGAAUUGCCUCACAGCGUAAUAGAAAGCUCUAGCUAUGCUAAAUAAAAUGUGUACUUUUGCAC